CGACUUGGGAACGAGUGUAUUCACCAUGAACAACCUGUUCAACCGUAACAAGACUUUCCGACCGCAAAAGAGCCACAGCCACGGUACCAAGCGCUAUGAUCUGCACAAGCACGCUCAAGCCACACUGGGAAAUGGCGAUAUGAGGAAUGCUGUUGCGCUACCUGAAGGAGAAGACUUGAACGAGUGGCUUGCUGUCCACACAGUGGACUUCUUCAACGAGAUCAGCAUCGUGUAUGGUACAAUCCUCGAGUUUUGCACGUGCGAAUCAUGUCCAGAGAUGCGAGCUGGGCCCAAGUUCGAGUAUUUGUGGAAGGACAACAAAGAGUACAAGACGCCAGCGAAACUCGCGGCCCCCGAGUACAUCGACAUGCUCAUGACGUGGGUGGAGGAGUUGCUGAGUGACGAGACGCUCUUCCCAACGCGUGAAGGAGUUCCCUAUUGUCGCGGCUUCCAGUCUGUGAGUCUACGCACACGUAUACUACUCGCACUUUGA